GAGAGAGAGAGAGAGAGAGAGAGAGAGAGAGAGAGAGAGAGAGAGAGAGUGAAGGGGAGUUUUGCAUGGCAACCGGGAGAGACUCUGAUUUGGGCGCACCGAAAUGUUAUCGAACAGGGAGGGGCGGCGUGAGAGGGCUAAAGAGGGAGCCGCAGGGGAUACCCGCGAUCAUAGAGUCUCAGAAAGCAAGGAUUGGCAGGGGGAAAGGAGGGAGGUGGUAUGCAGCCCAAGAUUCAUGGCCAGGGAUUCCGAGAUUGGAUCGACGGCCGGUUUUCGAGACACCUCGCAUCGGACGGAUCCCAUCGAUCAUUGCAGCAGUGAAUUUUAUGUCAUUGAUGAUCAUAAUGAAUUGCUACUAGUACGCGAUUGGUCGAAUCUCCCAACGGACGUUCUUGUGCUCAUCUUCAGCCGUCUUGACGUGCGAGACAGGUGUCGUGCGGCAAGCGUGUGCCAGGGAUGGCGGUGCGCAUCUCUCGAUCCCGCGUGUUGGAGACAAGCGGACCUGAUGAGCAUAGUAGACAGUGAGCACGCCGAGGAAGUAGCAAGGGGUAUAAUUCUGCGAAGUAGGGGUCAGGUAAGGUGUCUGUCUCUCCCAGAGUUCAGCGACUCGACGCUCGAGUGUAUUGGAAAGCAUUGCCCGCUUCUUGAAAAAGUUAAGUUAUGUUCUCUCUGGAGGCGAUGGCGGCUCGGCUCCUGCGAUGCGUCGAUCGAAAGUUUCCAACUGUUUGUUGAAGGCUGUCCUCAGCUUCGAUCACUCGACCUUGGGCUAGGAGAGUACGAGCUGCUGGAUUUUGUCAAGAUCCUUGUGUCUGGGUUUCCUAAUCUAGUCUCUCUGCACCUUUACGCUUUCGAGAUCGAUAGCGACGUUGUACGGCUGAUUGUAGAACAUUUACCUCGAUUACAGACUCUGGCAUUUCAAGGAGCUGAUUUGAUGGAUGAGGACCUUUCUUUGAUUGCCCAUGGACUGCGCAGCUUACGCUAUUUGUACCUCGGGCAUGACGAUAAUCUUCCUCAUCGGGCGAUCGAGAAGAUGCGGUCCGCUCGCCCAGAUAUUACGAUCUCGACGGGCGGUUUCAUACCGGACUCUUAUCAGCCAAUCACGAUGAUGGGAGGAGAAAGUAUUGUGCACACGAUGGAUCUGUCUACACAUUACCAGUGUACAAAUUAGAUAACGAAUUUAUGAUUUUUUUAUGUUAUGAAAUUGAUAUGUGUGUACAGCUCCUUUUUUUUAAUUAUUUUUUUAUUUUAUUUUAUGGUUGUGUACAGAUUUUGAACAACAGCAGUUGAGAGAGACUAAUAAUAACGACCAUCACAAUGUCCAAUGACGGAGGAUCUCUCUCUCUCUCUCUCUCUCUCUCUCUCUCUCUCUCUCUCUCGAUCACUCUCUCUCUCUCGAUCUUGAUCUCGAUCUCGAUCUCGAGCAGAUGGAUAGGCCACAGAGAGAGACGUCAGACGAAGUUGAAGGGAACGGUGCAGACGAUAUGAUAUUCAUGGAUGGAGAAGUAAGAGCACGACUGUUGGUUUUCCUUGUACUUUAUUUUCGUUUUCUCUUUCCAAAAUUUUUCACCUUUUUUUUUCUUUUUUUUCUUUUUUCUUUUUUAGAGUCUGUUUUGAGAAUCAUCAAAUUGAUUGAUUCAAGUAUGCAUUUGUUGUUGUUGACGUUUCGGGGGAAAGAGGGUGAGAGUGCAGCUGCUGUAGAUUAUGGGGCUUCCCGGCUUCAUGGAGAGAAAAGCGCAGAGGCCUAAAUUAAUUAAUGAAUAAAAUAAAUUAAAAAGC